CCCCGCCAUCUGACUACUAUUUUCUCCGCCGGAGACACCCUACAACCACCCCUUGCAUUAACUCCACAGCUCUCUAGUGCCAGGUUAUUGGGAAAAGGGGCUGUGAAGAUUUAUCCAUUGAAUACUGAGGAUUUGUCGAUAAAGACGGAUCAUUUUUAUGCUGCCUGUUUUUCAAAGUUUUUAGCUUUGACCACUAAUGGCUGCUGCUGGUUCUUUGCAACUUUCCCAUGAAUUGGGAAUUUGCAGGAACCAUGUAUGCAAUAAGCAGUUGCUGAAUGUAACUGGAGGAUGCAAAACUUACUUUCUUGGCAGCAAUUUUACAUCACUUAUUUUGAGGCGAAAUUCUUGGACUCCUCAACUUUCGACCAGAUUACGUUGGCAGACUAACUCUCUCCCUUACAAAUACUAUCAGUUCAAGUGUUACUCUUCACUAAGUCCUGGCCCCUCCUUCGACAUUUCCACUGUUAAGAAUGUCGCCUUAACACUAACAAGGUCAUGCAACAACUUACAGGGUAGUGCUUUGGUGAAUAAGUUGGUUCCUGCAGUAGGUUUAGUUAUUUUUGCAUUAUGGGGUCUUGGGCCACUUAUGCAGCAAAGCAGAAAUAUAUUUCUUCACAAGAGUGAUAAUAGUUGGCAAAAGAGUAGCACGUGUUAUGUUUUGACCUCUUAUCUUCAACCAUUGCUGCUAUGGACAGGGGCUUUACUUGUCUGCAGAGCAUUGGAUCCAGUAGUUCUUCCAACCGAAGCUAGUCGAAUUGUCAAGCAACGGCUGUUAAAUUUUGUAAGAUCAUUGUCGACAGUUUUGGCAUUUGCCUAUUGUUUAACAAGUGUUAUUCAGCAAGCACAGAAGUUUUUUAUGGAGACAAAUGAACCUGCUGAUAGUAGAAAUAUGGGCUUCCAGUUUGCGGGAAAAGCUGUAUACACUGCCGUAUGGGUUGCUGCUGCCUCAUUGUUCAUGGAGUUGCUGGGUUUCUCAACCCAGAAAUAUCUCACUGCUGGAGGGCUUGGUACUGUCUUGAUAACACUUGCUGGUCGUGAGAUCUUUACCAAUUUUCUUUCAAGUGCAAUGAUUCAUGCGACACGGCCAUUUGUUGUGAAUGAAUGGAUUCAGACAAAGAUUGAAGGCUAUGAAGUUUCUGGUACUGUCGAGCAUGUAGGGUGGUGGUCACCAACAAUUAUAAGGGGUGACGAUCGCGAAGCUGUUCAUAUUCCAAACCACAAGUUUACAGUCAAUGUUGUCAGAAAUUUAAGUCAAAAAACUCAUUGGCGGAUAAAAACUCAUCUAGGCAUCAGUCACUUGGAUGUGAACAAAAUCAACAGCAUUGUUGCUGACAUGCGCAAAGUUUUGGCAAAAAAUCCCCAAGUUGAACAACAGAAGUUGCACAGAAGAGUAUUUCUGGAAAAUAUUAAUCCAGAAAACCAGGCCUUGUUGAUCUUCGUCUCGUGCUUCGUGAAAACCUCUCAUUUUGAAGAGUACCUAUGUGUGAAGGAGACUAUAAUGUUGGAUUUGCUUAGAGUCAUCCGGCAUCACCGAGCUCGACUUGCCACUCCAAUCCGUACAGUUCAAAAAAUAUACAACGAUGCUGAUAUGGAAAAUAUACCAUACGGGGAUUCCUUCUUUGACAGGGAGACAGCACCAAAGCGUCCAUUGCUUUUCAUUGAGCCCCCUUAUAAAAUCAUCAAUGGAGAAGAAAGGAAGAAAACAGAUGGUCGAUCAGUUCGCGGAAGUGGUGGAGAGGAUGGCAAGGCUACAGUGAGGCGAAUACCAGAUACUAAGGCUGAGGGUAGAGGUGGAACAAAUCAAGGUUCUGAUUCUAAAUCUAAAGAAACACCUUCAUUUAAGGCAAAAGAGACAUCAGCAACUGAUUUGCAAGCUGAUACCAAGGUUGGAGAAAUGUCGAAUCCUGAUUCCAAAGAGGGGGUCUCCAAAGUUGAAGCAAAGCCUUCUGCGGAUCCAAAAGUCAGUGAUAAAUUUCAGGUCAAAACGUCAUCAGCUGGAACAAAGAGUGAAAGCAAGUCAACUGAAUUGCCAACUGUUGACUCCAAGAUGCCAGCUGAUGGCAAAAUUUCCAACAAAAGCCAACCUGCAAAAGCUGUUCAGGGCGGUCCUAUGGGCAAUGCUGCUGGAAAUACAUCAACUAACUUACCAGAGCAUGGAGGCGAGAAACCAGCUACCACAUCCUCUACCAAGCAAUUGAAGCAAGAAGAUGAUAGGCCACCCCAUUCACAGCCAUCUUCAACAAAACCUGUCAUGGAAGAGAAUAUUGUUCUCGGCGUUGCUUUAGAGGGCUCAAAGAGAACGCUUCCAAUCGAAGAAGGCAUGGUUUCCCAACCAAAUUCUUCUGAACUGAAGGAACUGGCUAAAUGUCACAGUGGCAACGGUACUCCACUGGUAGACAAGGACAAAAAGGAGAUUCAACAAUCAGAGAGUUCUAAGUCCGCUUCUGAUCAGUUGGAUCAGCAAGAGUAAUGGGCUUUUGAUUGCUCUAUUGUUGGCUUAAUCAACAGAAGUUGCGAAGCCCUCCUUUGUAUCAGGCUGCAUUUCUCACUGACUUGUUAGUCGCUAUAGCAAGAUUAAACAUUGUUCUUUUUAGAUCACUAGUUAGGGAACUCGUUGCCGUUAUCCAGUCGCCUGUAUAUACUAAACAGUAUUCGGAUCAAGAGAAAGAAUAGAAAAAAGACUUAAGUGAAAUAAUAGAGAACAACCAUACAUCAGUGUGAAAAUUUUUGCUAUUUCAUUGAUGUCAGCUGCUGGUUUUGCAAUGGUAUGUUCAAGAAUUAGCACGAUGCUGCAUCCUAUUGCUGUCUUUUUUUCUUU